AUGCGCGUGGUUACCAUCAUAAUCCUGCUCUUCUUUUGUAAAGCAGUUGACCUCCGCAGAGCAAACCCAGGAGGUUCAAAAAACCGAGCAAGCCAUGGCCGGGCGGGAGGAGGUCGGCGAGGCUCCAAUCCCGUUAAACGCUAUGCACCAGGCCUCCCCUGCGAGGUAUAUACAUACCUUCACGAGAAAUACUUAGACUGUCAAGAGAGAAAACUAGUGUAUGUGCUGCCCGGCUGGCCUCGGGAUUUGUUGCACAUGCUGUUAGCAAGAAACAAGAUUCGCAUACUGAAGAACAACAUGUUUUCUGCAUUUAAAAGGCUGAAAAGCCUUGAUCUGCAACAGAACGAAAUCUCCAAAAUUGAGACCGAGGCUUUCUCCGGUUUAAUCAAACUGACCACACUCUUACUGCAACACAACCAGAUCAAAGUGCUGACAGAGGAGGCGUUCAUUUACACCCCGAUGCUGAGAUACUUGCGUCUAUAUGACAACCCCUGGCACUGUACAUGUGACAUGGAACCACUCAUCUCCAUGCUGCAGAUUCCAGGAAACCGAAAUUUGGGCAACUACGCCAAGUGUGAAAGUCCCCAUGAACUGAAAAACAAAAAACUGCGACAGGUCAAGUCUGAAGAGAUAUGUAAUGAAGCAGAGGCACCAUCGGAACCUAAACCCCAAGUGUCAGGGAGACCUGCAGUGCUGAAGCCUGAGGAAGACUUGACUCUUUGCCACAAUUACAUGUUUCCAAUCCAGAUGCUAGACUGCAAAAUGAAAGAUAUGAAGAAAGUUCCCAAAAACAUCCCUCCAGAUGUUGUUAAACUUGACUUGUCAUACAACAAAAUCCAUCAACUUCGACCCAAAGAGUUUGAAGAUGUUUAUGAACUAAAGAAAUUAAACCUCAGCAGCAAUGGCAUUGAAUACAUAGACCCAGCUGCUUUUUCAGGACUCAUUCAUUUAGAAGAGUUAGAUUUAUCAAACAACAACUUACAAAACUUUGACUACGGAGUACUAGAAGAUUUAUAUUUUUUGAAACUCUUGUGGCUCAGAGAUAAUCCUUGGAGAUGUGACUACAAUAUCCACUACCUCUACUACUGGUUAAAACAUCACUACAACGUCCACUAUAAUGGUCUGGAAUGCAAAGUGCCCAAAGAAUAUAAAGGGUGGUUUGUGGGAAAAUAUGUUCGCAGUUACUAUGAAGAAUGCCCCAAAGACAAACUGCCAGCAUAUCCUGAAACAAUGGACCAGGAAACUGAAGAGGAUGAAUGGGAAAAAACACACAGGGACCACACAGCAAAGAAGCAGAGUGUCCGAAUCACUAUCGUGGGAUAACUUAAACACUGCUCUGGUGGCAGCUAGUUUUGCAUUUGUUAUACUAGUAUUGAAAAAUUAUGUUUAC